GAUGUCGUGCCUCCUUGCCUUUUAAAGAAACUCUUCACUUGGAUUGCGUGUUGUACGUUGUAGUGUUGAACUGUUGAGUAAUUCGAAAAGAAUAGGAUAGACCAGAGCCGGCUAUAUCUUUUGCUGCUUUGUAAUUUAAACGAUUCUUCAAAUUUCGUAUGCUAAAUAGCUUAAAAUCAUGGGUUUCUGUCGUUCUUUUAUGACAAAACUGCUUGCAAUCUUCAUCGUGUUUAUUGCGAUUGCAUUUUUACCCGGACUGCCUCCAGAACUGGAUUUUACUCCGUACACACCUUCAGAGCCAAUGGACUUCACAGGACCUUUAGCACCCAAUGACAAACUGAACGGCGCGGAGAAACUCUUUGAAGGCAAAAUUGUCAACCCUGAAGGGCUUGCCUCUGCAAACGGCUCAAUUUACGCUAGUUCCAGAGGUGGUGAUAUUGUCAAAGUGGUUGGAGAUAAACUGGUCACCAUUGCGAAUAUUGGACACCAGUGUGAAGGCUACUGGGAGGAAAAAAAAUGCGGUCGUUCCUUGGGCAUGGCUUUUGACAGCAAAGGGUAUUUGUAUGUGGUUGACGCCUAUUAUGGGAUUUUCAAAAUCAACGUCAACACAGGGAAAGUUGGGCAUCUCAUUAAAAUAGACAAACCCAUCGCUGGUAAACCGGUAAAGAUUGCAAACAGCGUGGUUGUGGGCAAAGACAGCACUGUUUAUUGGACCGCCUCAAGCUGUGACACAACUUUUGACGAUGCAGUCAUCGCAAUGUUUGGUGAUGCUAGUGGAAGACUGUUCAAAUUUGAUCCUGCAACAAAAACCAACACUCUCCUUUUGGAUAAAAUUCACUUUGCGAAUGGACUCGCGCUCUCUCCCAAUGAGGACUUCCUCAUUGUUGCUGAGACUGUUCGAUGCAGAGUCAUUAGGUACUGGUUGAAAGGUCCAAAGCAGGGUACCAGUGAUGUUUUUGUUGAUGGACUCCCAGGCAUUCCUGACAACAUCAAGGUUAACACUGGAGGCCUCUUUGAUAUUACCGUCCCAUUGCAACGAACAAAGAGCAUUCCUCUUGCUUCUGAUCUUGUUGCUCCUUAUCCUCUGGUUCGCCGAUUUUUGGCAAGACUUUUCUACCUGAUGGAGGUGCCUUUCGCUAUGAUUCAGGAAAACUAUCCCAACUUUUACUCAGGACUCAUCACUCAUUGGAUCGGCUCAUUUGAUCCGUUGCUGCCACUCUUUCCCAAGGAACUUUUGGUGGUGCAGGUUGAUCAUAACGGCAAAGUGGUGUCAAGCCUGCAAAGCACUGACAACAAAGUCAACUUGAUCAGUGAUGUCGUGGUGGCUGGAAACUACUACUACCUUGGUUCUCCCUUCAACAACUAUUUAGGACGCGUGAAGAAGACAAAGGUCAAAGCCGAGUGAUAUUAAACAGACAAAUUUUUUGAUAUAUUCGUAAAAUUAAACCUAUUUCAGAUUCGAAUGAUUUUUUGUACUAAAUAAUUAUCAUGUGAAACUGUUACUUAAAUAUUUGCAUUUUUACAGUUAAUUCUCCUCUUAUGGAUACUUAAAUGACUGAGAUUAUGUAUAAUCUGCGGAUCAUGCUGGUUCUGUUAAGUCUUUAUGUUGGUUAUUGUUAUUCUUGAUAUUUGCUUAUAAAGCCAAUUUACUUCA